AGUGCCAGCAGGAUCAGACGUUAGAGACAAGUGUAGCUGACUAAAAGAGAGAGAGGAGGGACCGGCUGUGAUAGUGUUAGUAAACGACUGUUUGGAUCACAUCAGAUGAGGUCUCGCACGCUUUACUCUGUGCAUUUAAAAAGCGAAUUUCAAGAUGCAGCGACCUUUGAACUCCACUGUGCCGUUCUCCCACAUGACCCAAAGAAAUAUUAAAGCUCUAAACUGCCCCGGCUCGAGCCCGGCAUCUCGCACAGAGAGCAAGGGAGUAGAGGCAGACAAAAUAGAUCAUCUGAGUUUCUUCCAAAACUACUUGAGGGAGGUCAUGUGCAAUGGAACUGCCAAUUAUGAGUGGACACACAGGACAGAGAAACAAUCCAUUAUUGCCCAGGCAGAGUGUGAGUCCCAGGAUUCACAGGAGUUCUGCCCCAAUGGCAGCAUCUCCUCCCAGUCGCUUCUUGGCGCUAUUUCUCGCAGUCGGCCCAGGAAGAAGCGGCACAAGAAACAUCGGCGAAAACGGGGUGAGAAGUCUGUGGAAGUCACCGGAGUGCCAGAACAGGACAGCGGCGAGUUCCAUUCAUCAUCUCUUAUUCAGGUUAUAGAUCCUGUGUGCAUCAGCAGCAGUAUAAAUGGUGCUGCAUACAGCAGCAGUGGCCUCAGCACAGAGAGGGUGUCUGUGCAGGAAACAGAGGGGCCAUCUGACUCUUAUCAGUGGGAGCCCCAGCGGACCUCUUUACAGAGCCUCUCGUCCUGCCAGAGCUUCGGCCAAGAGAGUGAGGAGCUCAGUUCUCCCCUGAGAAGUGAGACUGAAUGCCCUCUGGUUUAUACAGCCCUGAGGAACUUUGUUACAACUGAAGGCCGCUGCUUCGCAUACGGCUUUGUCAAAGAUGUGCUGAGAGAGGAGAGGGAGAGGGAUGAGGAUGACAGAGAGGAGAGCGACAAGAACGAAGGGAUCCUGUUCAAAGAGGGGCUACAACCAGUGAAUUAUGAGUACAGAGAGGGACGGGAUUAUGAACGCUGUAGAUUUCUCAAGCAGGGCUCCUUCGGAGAAGUCUACAGCAUCAAAGACAAAGGCACCGGCUUCACAUGUGCUGCCAAAAAGGUGCCAUUGGUGAGUUUCAGCAGUGAGGAGGUGGGCUCGUGGAGUGCCCUGCAGUCUCCUCAGGUGGUGGAACUCUUUGGUGUUGUGCGUGAAGGUCCUUCCAUCAUCCUUUUCAUGGACCUUAAAUCCAGUUCUCUAGGACAGCUGGUGGAGGAACGAGGCCGCCUGCCAGAGGAUCUGUCCCUGCACUACCUUCAGCAAGUACUGGGGGCACUAAAUCACCUGCAUAGGAAGCGCGUCCUUCACCUGGACAUCAAAGCGGAUAACAUCUUGCUGUCAGAAGAUGGGAAAGAUGCAUUCCUGUGUGACUUUGGAUACUCCGAGAGAUUGGACAAACAAGGGCUUAGUUAUUGUAAGAGUAAGUACAUUUCAUUAGAGCCUCAAACACGUAUUUCAAGUGAACAUAGCCACAUACCAAACUCCAUUUGUGUGCGUUUAGAUCUGAAAGGCACAGAAACUCAUAUGGCACCUGAGGUGGUGCUCAAUGAGCCGCGCUCUUCAAAAGAAGACAUCUGGAGCAGCUGCUGUAUGCUUCUGCACAUGCUCAACGGCUGUCAUCCAUGGACCCGCUACUAUUCCCGCCCACUCUUCCUCAAGAUAGCAGAAGAGCCGCCGCCACUGAGGGAAAUUCCAUGUGACUGCAGCUCCUAUACAGCAGAUGUCAUAAAAGCAGGACUGCAGAAAGAUCCAAUUAAACGAGCUUCUGCCAAAGAACUUUUGGUUAAAACUGCCAAAGCACUUAAAGCAGUGGGGGGACUUCGCAGCUGUGCGAGAGGAGGACCAUAUCAGAAGCCACUGGGGAAGCCAGAGAAUCCAGACCCCGCCUAUUCAGCCACACCCACCACAUCCCACCACACCAUGUCCUCUGAUAACUCUGAGCUGCAGUGGAUGAGCUUGGAGCACGAGAGGGAAGAGGGUGAUGGGGAAUAUAAUGAGAAGCCAGAAAAGGUAAAACAGUUGAAACAGACAGAGGAGACAAGAAACGAUGACCACUGUCUUCCGAAGUCACUUCUCCACAUUCAAAACACUUCACCUGAGUCACGGAUCAUCAAUAAGACUGAGCCGGAACCGGAGAGGGAGCCGGAACAAGAGCUGAGGAGACUGGAGAAAGAUUUCUGCCUGAGCAGUCUUUCCCUGGCUCAUUCUGCUGAGCGACAGGAGCAGCUGCUCUCUUGCAUCUAUAGCGACUGCCCUUCCACUAGAGAAAACUUUGACAAGAAGGAUUCAGGACGUUGGUCAGACGGUCUUGCCGAUGACCUUAGCUCAGGCGUCUUUUCUUACAGUAGCCAACAAGAUGGUCAGAGCUUCAGCAGGGACUGGCUCGCCCCCACGCAUCGACCUCCGCCUCGCUGCUUUGACGGGGUGGAUGUUUAUAUCAGGGACUUUGACGGGAAAUGCAUUCAUAUUCGGGAGACGCCCGGGGUGAAAGUAGGCCACGUUGCUAGAGGAAUCAGUGAUCAGAUCUCAGAAAACGUGUUCAGUCUGCAAACAGAAGAUGGUUGCUUGUUGUCCCAUGACAAAGAGGUCCUAGAGAACAGCCUGUUUUUGCGUUGUGUCCCGGCCCCUGACUCCAGCCACUAUCAUCAGUACGGACACAGCCCCUGCUUCACGCUCGGCCCCAGCUGCAAACUACCAUGGAGCUGGAGGAUCAGAGAGGGGGUGCUGGAGACUAACGACUGAUCUCUCCAUCCCCAAUCAGCAUUCUGUUCCAAAGUACUUUUUUGCAUUGGAUUUGUAUUCAUGAAUCUCAUCUGUGCUUCUCACCUGUCAAACAUUUGAGCCAUUGCCAUAUUAUUGGUUUACAUUCUUAGUAUGUUUAAGUUAUUUUAACUGACCGUGCAGAUUUGCUUUUGUUGUGCUGUGUUGUAUAGAUCAU